AACUUGGGUGUGCAGCAACUUGUGUGCAGCUGGGGUCACGCAGCACCACCGUACAGCACAACAUCAGGAACUUGCAGCUGCCGGCUUGGUACAGACCCACAAGAGGUGUGCUGGGCAUGCAAGGCGUUCAUGCUGCAGCUUGGGGCACCGCUAUUCUCUGUGUUGCGUCCUGGUCCAGGUGCAACCCCAGUGAGUGACAGCAUCUGUAUGGUGAUCUGAUGGGAACUGUCAUCUAUGUCCCUCUCAAUAAAGGAAAGACUAAAAGGAAUGAUCAUUCAGUUGCCUUGGAGAUGAUCCUUCUGCUGUAAAUGUAGGGACGAGGACUAAUGGUGUGGGCAGUAUGGAUCUAAUGAACGGGCAGUCAAGCAGUGUUAAUAUCGCAGCUACUGCUUCAGAGUUUUGUUUGUUUUUGCAGAAGAGUAGCAGUUCUGAAUCUUUGAGUGACAAAGGUUCAGCUGAACUGAAGAAGAGCUUUGAUGCAGUGGUAUUUGAUGUUCUGAAGGUUACACCAGAAGAAUAUGCCGGUCAGAUAACACUAAUGGAUGUCCCUGUAUUUAAAGCAAUUCAACCAGAGGAGCUGGCAAGCUGUGGAUGGAAUAAAAAAGAGAAAUAUAGUUCUGCUCCAAAUGCAGUUGCUUUCACCAGAAGAUUCAAUCAUGUAAGCUUCUGGGUUGUCAGAGAGAUUCUACAUGCACAAACGUUAAAAAUAAGAGCUGAGGUUUUGAGCCACUAUAUUAAAACUGCAAAGAAACUGUAUGAGCUGAAUAAUCUACAUGCUCUUAUGGCAGUUGUGUCGGGCCUACAGAGUGCUCCGAUCUUCAGGCUGACUAAAACAUGGGCGUUAUUGAGUCGGAAGGAUAAAGCCACCUUUGAAAAGUUGGAAUAUGUUAUGAGUAAAGAAGAUAAUUACAAAAGGCUUAGAGACUAUAUCAGCAGCUUGAAGAUGACUCCAUGUAUUCCCUAUUUAGGUAUUUAUCUGUCAGACUUGACGUAUAUCGAUUCUGCGUACCCAUCAACAGGGAGCAUUCUGGAAAGUGAGCAAAGAACAAAUUUAAUGAACAACAUCCUCCGAAUUAUCUCAGAUUUACAGCAGUCGUGCGAAUAUGAUAUUCCUCUGUUGCCUCAUGUCCAAAAAUAUCUAAACUCAGUUCAGUACAUAGAAGAACUACAAAAGUUUGUAGAAGAUGACAAUUACAAACUUUCAUUAAAGAUAGAACCAGGGACCAGCACCCCCCACUCUGCUGCUUCCAGAGAAGAUUUAGUGGGCUCUGAAGUCGGAGCAUCUCCACAAAGCGGACGGAGAAAUGUUGCAGCUGAAGGAGCCUUGCUGCCACCAACUCCCCCUUCACCAAGAAAUUUGAUUCCACAUGGACAUAGGAAAUGUCACAGUCUGGGAUACAAUUUCAUACACAAGAUGAAUACGGCUGAAUUUAAAAGUGCAACGUUUCCCAAUGCAGGACCAAGGCACCUACUGGAUGACAGCGUCAUGGAGCCUCAUGUCCCAUCCAGAGGGCAGGCAGAAAGCUCUACUCUUUCUAGUGGAAUUUCAAUAGGUAGCAGUGAUGGUUCUGAACUCAGUGAAGAGACAUCCUGGCCAGCAUUUGAAAGGAACAGGUUGUACCAUUCUCUCGGUCCGGGGACAAGAGUGUCACGAAAUGGCUAUCGAGGCCCCAUGAAGGCCAGCAGCUCUCUAGAAUCUGAAGAUUUGGCUGUUCAUUUGUAUCCAGGAGCAGUUACUAUUCAAGGUGUUCUCAGGAGGAAGACUUUGUUGAAAGAAGGCAAAAAACCUACAGUAGCAUCUUGGACAAAAUACUGGGUAGCACUGUGUGGAACCCAACUCUUUUACUAUGCUGCAAAAUCUCUGAAGGCUACCGAAAGAAAACACUUCAAAUCCACACCAAGUAAGAACGUGUCAGUGGUGGGCUGGAUGGUGAUGAUGGCAGAUGACCCUGAACAUCCCGAUCUCUUCUUAUUGACUGAUUCUGAGAAAGGAAAUUCCUACAAAUUUCAAGCUGGAAAUAGAAUGAAUGCAAUGCUCUGGUUUAAACACCUGAGUGCUGCCUGCCAAAGCAACAGACAACAGGUUCCUGCCAACUUGAUGACCUUCGAAUAGCAGGCUAAUACAAAACAAACAAACAAAAAAAAGAACAUUUUAAACCAUCUCAUAAUUGAGAAUGAGGUCCUGAUGGAAAAUGUGCCAGCUGCAGUCUGUGCCAGAACAGAGUUUGUCAAGUUGAUCUGAACUCUGGAGCCCUGAACAAAACUACUAAUGGCUGGGGAGUAGAGUCCCCCAAAUGAAAAAUGGAGUUGCAACAUGAAUUGCCAUGGACCAUGCUUCAUUAAAUUCUCUGAACUGACUUGUGGAAACCACUGCCUUAAAGAGUGAAAGGAAAAACAACAAUGAAAACACCAAAUAGUGUGUGUGAAACUUCUGGCGGUGCUGUGCUUGAGUUAAAUAGAUUGUAGCUUGUUUGAGUUUCUUUUAACUUUAUACUAAUUUUGAAAAUAACUCACCUUUUUAGGUAUUCUUAAGAAAGCAAGUAAACUGGUAUUUAAGAGUUGUAUCAAAAGCUACGUAUGAACUGGGUAAAAGAGGUACUGCACACUGUAGAGAUGUUGUUUAGACUAUACCAGGAGUUCUCAAUGGGAGCUUGUCCCAGGCACACUGAGCCUGGAGCGAUGUCAUUUCUCUCAGACCUACAAGUAUAAGAAAUUUAACAAGUGCAAGUUUAAAAUAUCAGUAAGCUUGCAAACCUUAGUACUGUAUGGGAGCCGUAUUUCCUGCGAGUGGCACAAAGGCUGAGCACUUAACACACCAAAAAUGCUUUUGGUACGUUGAUACCUAAUUCCUGGUUAGAUCUCAAUUCACGUGUUUCUGGUGGUUGGCGGGUGUGCGCAUGCAUGUGUGUGAGAGAGACAAAACUAGAAGCGCUGUUGGGUCAGAGCCAAGUGCUUUCUUUCCAUUUGUUUCUGCACGUCACUCACCUACAUAUGAAGGUUGAAUGACAAAAAAAAUCCACCACCACCUUGGUAUAAUUCAUGAUGACAUUUGACUUCUCUGGGUAUCUGUUAAAUUAUCAGCUAGGGACCACUGUCAGUGUAUGGUGUUUCAUAAUAUCACUUAAAAUCUAUGUUUUAAAAUGAUAGAGGCACAAUUUCAAGCUUUCAUGUUCUUAUUUGGCAAUAAUUGAUUUUAUGAUGUGUCUUUGGUCAAAGAAUAUGACAUUGUGUGGUAUGGAUAACAUGGCCUAAAGUCGACCGUACAUACCGAAGCUUUUUUGAUCUUCAGGCAAGUAAUUUAUUAAAGUUGGGAUAACAUAAAGAGAAAAAAGGUGUGGGACUAUCAAAAUUCCAUCCUUGACAGGAACAAUUCUUUGUCACUGAAAUUCCUCACAGAAGAAAAAAAAAAAAAAAAAAGGCUUGUAAAAAGGGAACCAAUGUGUUUUAUUCAUAAACUUUGAUUCUUGCUUUGGCUGGGUUUCCUUGACAUCACCUAGAUAGUGUUUUCUGGAUGAUGAGUGUUUAUUUAAUCUUCAAAAAUAUGACCUUCGUAAAAACGUUGUCCAAAAUAUUUCUCUGAUAUCAGAACUUUGAAGUUUGUGGAAAAGUAGGAAAUGUUUCAUUGACUCUGUGGUUUAGUGGCCAUAAAUAAGCUUGCAGAUUCCACCAUGAAUACUCCUUUCCAAAAAGAAACAAACUACCUACCAGUUUGUGGCAGAGUUCUCUGACUAUUUAAUAAAGGUUUCUACUAGGAGUGAUUAUUUUGAAAAUGUACAUUUCUCUUGCAUAAGAGUAGAAGCCCGUAAAUUCACAUUUAAUUUUUUUUCCAUAGUUAAAUUAAUCUCUAAUGGACAUGAUUAAUUUCUGAUUUCUGGGGAGAAAAAAUAGAGAAGAAUAAACCAGUCGCACACUUAAAGCAAAUAAAGUCACACACGCUUGGUGAUGUGGAGUGAAAUGGUAAUAGGCUGGGUUAUGUUUCUAAAAUUGUUCUUGUGAAUUGGCUCUUGGUAGAAGGAAAACAGUAGAAAGAUGCCUCUGUCAGAGUUGCACCACAAGCAGCGUGGGAAUUUGUGUCCCUCUGCAAGUUGUUGGUUUUUUUUUUUGCUUUGGAGAAUGAAUAGUCUGUUCUGAUCCUGAAGUCAUGGAUUUUGGAAAGGAGUCACUCGUGCUGAAUCCCUCUUCAACUCACACAUCGCCCCAGUUAACCCACGUUGGGUGUAUAGUGAAGACAACAUCUUCAUAGCCAGCAGUGUUACUGUAGUAGACUUUGCACAACUUCAGUUUUGUUCUUUUCGUUUUAAAAAUUAAUGUUUCUUCUCAACAAGUAAGUGUUUUUUAGCAAUGUGUGUACUUUUUUAAGCAUUGUGGAUAAUAGCCUGUGGAUUUUGAAUUUUUAAAUAAGCUAUUAUAGAUUCAUUGCAGCAUAACUGUAUCUGUUUUUCUGUCAGUGAAAGGAAACGUGCAACUGGGAGCCACAGCCUGACAUCACACAGCUUUACUAAAGACAGAGCCAGGUCAGGAGGUGUCAUUUAUUACUGUUUUUUGGUUUUUGUUUUUUUUAUCUUUCCAUCUGUUUUGAGUUAGGGCUUUAUGGUAGGAGGAUGGUGGGGAAAACAGUUCACAAAUCCUCAUUUACUGAAAUGUUGCUGUUACCAACUUUAAUUGUUCGUAGGCCUCCUCCUCUUUGGUUUUCUACCCUCAGAUACCCUGUUUUCUGGGGGAGAGAUUGAAUGUUGUGGGAGGAGUUUCUUAAAAUGUGUAGCCAAAGUUACUGGAGUGAUUAAUGACAGAAAACGGUAUUGGUACUUAUUGCAAUGAGUAUUUCAGUAGUUUCUUGUGGUUUAUCUCAUAUUUGGUCAACUAGCCUUACAGGGCAACACAGAACGAAUGAAAUGUGACCAAUUUUGUGAUAGAUCGUUCUCAGGAAGAUGCGAUGGUGGUUUGGUUCCAUGAGGGAAAGUUCUCUCAGCUAAGCUUUGGAAUGACUUGGAUGAGUCAAGUGCACUGUAAAGAACAUAGUAACAGUUUUUGUUUUGUUUUAUUAAAAAAAAAAAAAAAAAAGUUUAAAAACGUAAGUUUAAACCAGUGCUUACAAGACAGGGAUAGCAACAAGCUCACGUUAUCCAGGUAAGACCAUUAAAGACCGUUAUCCAGGCUAUUUCACUUAGUUUACAGUUUCUCUUCAUGUUUUGUUUUUGUUUUGUAAUGCUCUCAUUCUUUACCUUGUUAAAAACGAAAUUCUUCAGCUAAUAUUUGUCAAUUUAUUUCACAAUAUUUUUGACUUUGAAGUUAAAGAUGUCCCUUACAGUACCCCACUUGCAAACAUACGAAUGAAAAGUAUUCAGAGUAGAUCCUCAUAGCAAGGUUUCCCGUGGAAAUGUUAGUCACCUGCUGACUGCUAACCACUUUGUCAGCUAAACUGCCUUGGGAACAGCUGAACAGUUUGUGAAAUUAGUGCAAUGCAUUAGAGAUAUAUGAUUGUCCUCGGUACUGGUUUUUGAAUACUUACUGGUAACUCUUAUUUUUCCAACUUAACCUACGAAUUUUUCCGCAGUUUUUCAAAAUUCUCUCCAGUGUUCUUAGAAAGCAAGUAAGAUUCCAUUUUGAAAACUUCUGAUAAUUUGAAUAAAUAUAGCUCAUCCCAGACAUGUAUUUUAUUUUGCAGACAUUUCAUGCCACAGGGAUAUUGCUCAGGCUGCUAUGAUUCAUUAAGUAUUUAGGUGCAAGCUGUAUGUGUUGAAACUACAAGUACUGGAUGAAUGCAUAUAAAUCCCUAAUGAAUGAGUUUUAGCACCCAGCUUUGAAAUUGUAUUAGUUAGCUUUUUAAAUUACUGUAAAAAUCAUAUCCUACUUAAGGAAGAUCUGUUAAGGAAAUAAUAGCAGUGGAUUGCACAUUAAGCAGCCCACUAGUUAUGCAGUUGUUUUAGCCUGUUGCUUGAGGAAUUGGCAUCUUUUGGGGAAUCAGUUCAUUAACUUUCCUCCUUAGAACUCAACUGCAGAAGAGUACUUGAACUUUUACCAAGAAAAGCAUUUAUACAAGUGUUCAUAUUUGAAAACAUAUUGGCAGGAAAGAAAAAAGCAUAAAAGAACACAGCAGGAUUUUAUUAGCCAUCUUUUCCUCACUAGAAGUAAAUUCAUCUAAUCUAAUUUUUCCUGCAACAUCAGCCUCUUCUAUUUGCAUUUUUAUAUUUUCACCAAUACAGUCCUCUUCUAUUAGUAUAAAACAUAACAAAUGUUGAAAGGAAAUGCUUUCCCUUCCAGCAAAAGUAAUUGCUUUUUUUUUUUUUUGGCUGCUAAGAAGAUGCUCUAGGAGGUUAGAUCCUUUUCAUAAAUGGCAAAUUGAUCUCGUGGUUUUGGUUUAACUUUAGGAAAUCUUGUGCAAAUCAAGAUAAAUCAUGGGAUGUCAUUUCUUCUGGCUCUGUCAGUGACAUUUUUCUUCCUUCUUUGCCCUUUUGAUUUUUUUUAUGCUAACUUACCAAUCAUUUCCAUGGCUGGCUGUAGCGUGCUGCCUGUUACAAGAUCAAGACACCAGGGCUCUUAUAAAUCACAUCAGUCAAUCGCUUACUCUCCCAACAACGUGAAGUUUUAAAAGCUUUGUUAUUAUUUGUGUAUUGCCAUUUUCCUUCCAUUUUUUCAUUUAAAAAUGGCUUGUGGAUAAGAUGAUUUGGCUUGGGAAAGUUCUAAUUAAAAGAAUCCAUGAGUAGAUACUGAAUUUGUAGCUUAUCCUCUUUUUAAAGCCGUCAUUCUAAUUUGUUAUGUAUCGAGAGAGAGUGUUUCGGAUUUAAGGAGGACAUUUGUCAGUGCCUUAUUAUUAACUCGAAGACCAAUCCUGUUACUUCAGUGCUGAGAGUACCAUAAUGGCAGACUUGUGUACUGUGUCCUUGAGGUAACAAGGGGUAACAUUCCUUACAGUCAUUAUGUUUCUGCAGAAGAAGUUAGUUGCUUUGGUCAAUGUAAAAUAGUUGUGGCUUGAGUUUUAGUAUUUUUUUUUUCCUGUAUAGCCUCUAUUUAGGAAAAAUGCAGUGGAAUUUGGUAGCCUGGGUUUGUACAGCUUUUAUCAGAAGUAGCCCAGACUUCUUGAAAAAUAAUUUAUUUUAAUUUUGGUACAUCUCUAAAUGGAUGUAGGAGUGGAGAAAAAAGUGAAAAGAGUUGUCCAAGUCAUGGCCUGGAGCAUAUGAGCUUAAGAGCUCACACUAUUAGAAACGAGCAUCCUUUUCUCUCUCCCAUUUCCUUUGGUUUAAGCAUUGAAGAAUGUAAUUAUGAGAUGUAUUUCUUACAAGCUUUUUGUUAACAUGAAAGCUACAGGAAAAAAAUGUUUUGGGGAUGAGAAACCUUGAAUAAAUCUAUAAUAUUCUUUCAUCCUAUCCCGUAAGCUCGGUUUUGUGUAUUGUAUUUCUAGUGCCGACACUAGGCAAAGAGUGCUGUCCUUCAGUGAAACAGCUGCUAGAGACUGAUUUAGUAGCCAGACUUUAUAACCCUUGGAAAGAGAAACGGAAGAAAGAAUAUGUUGUUCUUAGGCAAUUAAAUGGUUUGUUUUCCUAGAAUGCAUCCAUAUAAAAACACGGUAGUUUUAGUAUAGUGGUAAUAAAUUCAGGUGUCGGAAAGGAAAGGAUAGUUUGAAAGUUUAUCUUACGCUUUCUGAGAGUCUUUGCAGAUGACAGGCGGGUGAGGUGAAGGGAGAAAAGACCAAUUAUUUAGUUUAGCCAGGCAUGUUGCAGACCAGAGCUGACAGGUUUUCUUGAGGUUAUGUUACUGAGAAAAAAGGUGUAAGGAAAUGAAGCUCCAGCAGAUCAUGGCGUGGUUAUGGCUGUUAGCCUGAUCUUGCACUUGAAUGACUAAAAGCAUCGUGAAUAUUGCAUUUCCUUUUAGUGAUUGAUUUGCAUACUAGUUCUCGUUAUUUGGAUAGGUUCUGGCCUUGAAAUGUGUUUCUUGAAGGUAUCUUUUACCAUUUCAAAGCUGUUCACAGAUAAAACGGAAAAGCUGUGUAAAUCAAUGAAGUAAAUGUUGAAAUAAGGGGUCCUAGGGCGCCUUGUUUACAGGUGCCUCUAGCUCCUUGUGUACAGGAGUAUAUCUGUUCAAAUCUACAGUACUGAAGCAUAAAAAGCACCAGGAAAUCAUAUCUAAGUUUUAUAAUAAUCCUUUAAGGACCAACCAUCACUGGAGGGGGGAUCAAGGCUGUCAUGCAGUAAACACAAGCCGUUUUUAACAUUCCCUGCUGGUGUGCGGCAUUAAUGGCGAUAGAGCGAUUGCACUAUGAUCUCAGCAAGUGAUGUGCAGUUUGGCUGUCCUCUAGCCUUUUUUCUUCAACAUUUUUAAUACUUUAUUCUCUUGUGUGUGCGUGAAAAUUGUGUGUUUGCAUAAGCUAGUUUAAAUGAAUUUAAGUACAGGUUUCAAAAAAUCUUUCCUACUAAAAUAAAUGAUUUAAAAGAUG